AAUUAAAAACCGUAAAUGUUGCGAUCGGCGGCGGCCCGACGGUGCAGGUUUUUCACGUUUUGCGAUAUAAUAGCUGACCGCGUCCAGUGCUACAGUCUCCCGGUACCAAUUAUACCGCAACCGCGUUUGAACACCAACGUUCCGAUGGCGCAACAGCAGCAGUACGAGCCACCGGCGUUCGACUCGAACUGCAUGACGCUUACGCGGUACGUGUUGGCCGAACAGAAAAAAGUUCCGUCGGCCACCGGAGAUCUGUCCCAACUGUUGACCAGCAUUCAGACGGCCGUCAAGGCGGUCAGCUCGGCUGUGCGCAGGGCCGGACUCACGCACCUGUAUGGCAUGGAUGGGUCUACGAACGUGCAAGGCGAAGACGUCAAGAAGUUGGACGUGCUCAGCAACGAACUGUUCAUCAACAUGUUGGCGUCGUCUUAUACGGUCCACAUGUUGGUCAGCGAAGAAAACGAGACUGUCAUAGAGAUUGAGACUGAAAAACGUGGUAAAUACGUUGUGUGUUUUGACCCUCUGGACGGGUCGUCCAACAUUGAUUGUCUCGUGUCCAUUGGUUCAAUAUUUGGAAUAUUCAAAAAAACCGAUGAGAGCAAUGAGACAAACGUGAACAAUGCAUUUCAACCAGGCAGGAACAUGGUGGCUGCAGGUUAUGCGCUUUAUGGCAGCGCAACAAUGAUGGUGUUAUCAUUAGGCAAAGGGAGCGGAGUCAAUGGGUUUAUGUUGGAUCCGUCGAUUGGUGAAUUUUUGUUGACUGAGAGUAACAUUAAAAUACCCAGCAAGGGAAACAUUUACAGUAUCAACGAAGGGUACUCACAUUUGUGGGACAAAUCCGUGACAGAGUAUGUGAGGAGGAAAAAAGACCCAGAGUGUGGUAAACCGUAUGGUGCCAGGUAUGUUGGCUCGAUGGUUGCAGAUGUACACCGUACAUUGAAGUAUGGAGGUAUAUUCAUGUACCCGGCUACAAAACUAUCACCAAACUGGCAAGGUAUAAUUUAUAAAAAAAUAAAACUAUUACCAAAAAUACUAUAUUUUACAUUGCAUUGUGAUUUUAAUCAACACAAAAAUCAAUUUUAUAUUACACUAGUUACGUCUAUUAUACGAAGGAAACCCAAUGGCUUACAUAAUUGAAGAGGCAGGUGGAAUAGCGAGCAAUGGUAAGAUACCAAUAUUGGACAUACAACCCACAGCCUUGCAUCAGAGAAGCCCAAUAUUUUUAGGCUCCAAAGAAGAUGUCAACGAAUUGUUAGAAAUAUAUCAAUCAUAAAGAUUACUUACAUUUUUUGUAAGAAAUUUAUUAUACAAAAAUGAUUACACAGU